AUGCAACGGAAACCUGUCAUUCUGUUUACCGUGCUGGUAUUGUUAUUCAUCGUGGGGUUGAGCUCAUUCCGGUCUUCCCACAACAACUAUUGGAAGCUCAAUGUACCGACCGUUUCCCUGGAUAAUCACCCCAAUCUUCGCGAUCCUUCACUGCCACCGGCUUGGCAAAACACCACCAGAGCCAAAGCAGCAUUCGUUAUUCUUACCCGUAAUUCCGAACUCGAUGCAUUGCGAAAAACAAUGCAGCAACUGGAGGCACGAUUCAAUCACAAGUUCAACUACCCAUACGUCUUUCUGAAUGACGAACCCUUUACAGAAGAGUUCAAAUUGCUGACACAAGGAUUGACCAAGGCGAAAACGGAAUAUGGACUUAUUCCUCAUGAACACUGGAGUUAUCCCGACUGGAUUGACGUGGAAAAGGCCGAUCGUUUGCGAAAACAAAUGGGUGAAAAUGGGGUUAUCUAUGGUGACAAUCUAUCUUAUCGUCAUAUGUGUCGGUUUGAAAGCGGCUUCUUUUUCCGCCAUCCUCUAAUGACAAAAUAUGAUUAUUACUGGCGAGUGGAACCAAGUGUCGAAUUUUCCUGCGAUUUGGACUAUGAUCCCUUUUUAUUCAUGCAAGAAAACAACAAAAAAUACGGAUGGACUAUUUCAUUAUUGGAGUAUGAAAGUACAAUUCCUACCUUGUGGCAAACAACCAGAGCGUUUAUGAAGGAGUAUCCGGAACUCAUUCCGGAGGAGAAUCUGAUGAAGUUUGUGUCCAACAACAAUGGUGACACGUACAAUUUGUGCCAUUUCUGGAGUAAUUUUGAAAUUGGCGAUCUCAACUUUCUCAGAAGCAAAGAGUAUAUGACCUAUUUUGAGUACUUGGACAAAGCCGGCGGUUUCUUUUACGAACGAUGGGGAGACGCGCCGGUUCAUUCCAUUGCCGUAGGUCUCUUUUUGAACAAAUCCGAAGUUCACUUUUUCGACGACCUUGGCUAUCGACAUGAACCCUUCAUGCACUGUCCCAUCUCCAGAGAACUACAGAAGAAAUGCCACUGCAAUGCUGAAGACAACUUUGAUUUCACUGUAUAUUCUUGCAUGAAUCGAUGGAUCGAAGCAACAAAGUAA